UUCAGAUUUCCUCAUCAUGUUAAAGUAUUCUGAUGAAAAACUGGCCAUUUUAAUAGGGGUACCGAUUGUGACGUUUAUUCUGAUAUGGACGAUUGCCAUUUUUCACAAAAAUCGAAGAAAAUGGGGACCGUACGAUAUAGUGAUUGUCUCCAUAAUUGUACAAAGUAUUCUUAGAAACGUGGCCUCUGUAGUGUACACGUCCUGGUUGGUGGUCAGGCAGGCUAAUAUGAGCAUGGAGGUCUGCAGUGGCACCGUGUGGAUUUUUAACAGCGUCCACACAUUCCAAGCGAGCUCUUUGACAACAUUAGCAGUGAUAGCUCUUUUCUCUACAAAACUAGAAACUAAACAACUGAGUAUUCGACAGUACCUGAUGCGCACUCACAUCGUCUAUCACAUGUUCUGCCUCACUACUCUCUGCGCUUGCGUAGGUGUAGCCGCCAUCUUGGCUCAAGAGAUUCCUCCAUCUUCUCACAAUGCUACCAACACGGGGUUCGAUUUUUUAAAAGAUGCCUAUCAAAAUGUUUACACGCAGUGUCUUUUCAUGCCAUUUCAAUUAGACGUUAAAUACAGCGUGUUCAUUUUAACGUUGCACGUAUUUUUGACCGUGGUUUCUGGUAGUUGCCUUAUUUGGAUCCUGAUUAUUGUGGUGAGGGUACGACGAAAGAACUUUAGCUACUUAAAAAAAUCGGCAUCGGACCUUAGUGACCUUAGCUUGGCCAGUAUGGUCAAUGUUAACGAAAACUUGCAAGGUGGCAAAGGCACUUAUGACACUUAUACCAUUCACAAGGGGUGCAACAUUGACGGUUACGGAAAUUGUUGUGAAAACCAUAGCAACGGGCAAGUGUCGAAUUCCAAUAUUGGUUGGUCCAGUGAUCCUUCUGCUACAGUGAGCUCUUCGAAUAGUAGGAGGCCGUGUUUGAAUGAACAUGGACAGCGGUUGAAAGAAGAGGAUCCUGAUGGAACCGGAUUGCAAACCAUGUAUCCUGUUUUAACCGUGUGUUACCUCUUCAAUCACAUACCAGUUAUUUGCGAGGGUAUCUUGUUAGAAGCCCUCGUUGAGAAGGAGAUCGUGAUGGCGGCGCGUCCGGUCGCGGCUACCCAGGUGGUACAACCAGGGGUGUCGUUUGCGGACAAGGUGCGAGGGGGGAAGCAAACGUCGGGUAAACCGACCACCGCUAAAGCUCCCAAACCUAGCCGCCCUGUACAAAAGGGCACUAUAAAGACGGCCAAGCCUGGUAACAAGGCUGCCUCCAAGCAGAAGGGUGUCGCGGUGAUCGUGAGGUCACACGACAAGAAGCUCUCUGCGGACGAGGUUAAGGCCAAAGUAUUGGCAGUGGGUGGCGCACUCGGACGUGUCCGGGUAUGUGCAUUGCGAAGAGUGAAGGAGGGGGUCGUCAUUGAGACGAAGACCCCCGAAGAGGCAGAGGAACUGCUAAAGAGCGAAGAGCUCCAAAAGCAGGGACUCACGGCCGCCACCCCGCAAAAGAUAGGGCCGAAGAUCCUGAUCAAGGAUGUCCCAUCGGCCCUAACAGACGAGGAGAUCCUUAGGGAUCUCCAGGCCAAAAACCUGGAGGGAGUGGUUUCACCCGAGGAGUUCGCCUCUCGGGUGACGAUACGAGGUAGGAGAAAGGCUCCUGCAGUACGCAAAGGUGAAAGUGGUGCAUGCACGACUAAAGAGUGCUGGGUGACGCUUGAGGUAACCCCUCAAGUUAAAGAGUCCGUACUAAGAGAGAGAAGGGUGUACCUCGGCAUGCAGUCGUGUAGGGUCGAGGACACCGAUGAUCAUCCUGCAGAAGCACAGUCUCCGCGCUUUGCUUCCGCUGUGGAGAGGAGGGACACCAGCGAACGGCCUGCGACAGGCCAAUUAGCUGUGUGA